CUCCCCCCAAACGGCUCUGGUUAUCGUUUUACGUGCAAUGUCCUGAAAGAAUAGCCAUUUAUAUGCAUCACAUCAAAAAUCAUUUGGGUGUCUUCCUAGUGCCCGGAAACGCCUCUCGUUAACAUGGCCAAAGGAUCUUCUAAAUGCCUUUUCUUAUUACUCUUGUCUGUCCUCACCAUCAGUUCCGCUGGAACUCUGGUGGGUUUCUCCUAUCAUGCAAGGGACAGUGCAACUUCAUCUCCUGCUAGAACAAUAUCGUUCCUCAAGGUAAACAAGGACACCUCGGCUCAUAUUCGGGUUUUAGUAGCAGAUCACAGGGAUUUAAGUACUCUGUCUUACUCUGGUGCAUCUGUUGAUCUCUAUUUGAGUAAAAGCCUGCCUAGUAAUUUGUUGAAUUCGAGAUCCUCUGUUAUUUCAUGGCUGACAACCCAUGUAAUGACCUUUCUCCCACGUAUGAACAUCAAUAGCAUCAUAGUCACUUGUGGCAAUGACUGUUCAGGACAAAGUGAGCUCUCAAUGCUUUUAUCCACCUUAGAAUCAAUCCAUUCAGUCCUGAGGACCCUUCAUCUAGAAAGCCAAGUUAGAGUCUCCGUAGCACUUCCAAUGUCAUUCUUGGAGAAGUUGAAUGGAAGACAGGAAAGAGACCUACAUAGGAUUUUUGGUUUCAUCGAGAAAAUUAGGUCUUACGUCAUGGUUGAAGACGGUAUUGAUGGACAGUUGAACAUGGGAGAUCAGUUUGUGCAGUCUAUGGUCGAAAGAGCCACCCUUGCUAGUUCUCUUCUUUCUCGCAAAGGUGUUCCAGUGGUUCUGACCAUUAAGAGCCCUGCUGUUCCUACUGCAACAGAAAUAGCUCAAUUCAGGGACAAGGUGUUGAAGUCUUUAGAAAACAACACUCGACUCUCGGGACAGAUAACUGGGUUAUAUGCAGAAGUAUUAUCCUUGGAAAAUUUUGCACAAGAAGGGCUAAAAAGAGAAGAGGAAGAGAUCUUUCCUUCUUCCCACAGAGAACUUCUAAGCAAAUCCCACCUCACAACAAUUUUACAUGACACUGUGAACCCACCAAUAGUCUUUCCCAUAACUCCAAUAUCAACAACACCAGUCAUCACCCCAUCGGAUAAUCCCACACCAACCAUAGUCACCAUUCCCGCUACCAAUCCUGGCACAAUGACACCAGAAAAUCCUGGUUCUACACCAUUAACAGUUCCCUCAACCACACCCAUCACGGUACCGUCCACAAGUCCUCCAAGCUCACCACUACCAGUCACCAAUCCGGUAACAACUCCUAUCACAGUUCCAGGGGCACAACCAGUAACUAACCCUGUAACAACUUAUCCAGCCCCACCUGGAGGUGUUCCAGUCACAAACCCAGCGGCACCUCCUGCAAUAACAAAUGCUCCAGCAGUUCCAGGACAAAGCUGGUGUGUGGCCAAGACUGGAGCGUCAGAGGCAGCACUUCAGGCAGCACUGGAUUAUGCAUGUGGAAUGGGAGGUGCGGACUGUUCACAAAUCCAGCAGGGUGGGAGUUGUUACGAUCCAAAUUCACUUCAGAACCAUGCCUCAUAUGCAUUCAACAGCUAUUAUCAAAAGAAUCCAGGGCCAACUGGAUGUGAUUUUGGAGGGGCUGCCGCCAUAGUUAAUGCCAAUCCAAGCACUGGUUCCUGCAUUUACCCAUCAGCAUCAUCACCAUCAACAACAACAGCAACUCCAACACCGACAACAAUUCCAACACCAACGCCGACAACUAUUCCAACACCAACGCCAACAACUAUUCCAACACCAAUGCCAACAACAUCGACACCACCCGGGGCAGAUGCAUCAGGCUCCAGUACUCCGCCUACAGUGUUAAAUACAAACCAACCUGCUUCAGGUAUAAUGCCAAAUUAUAGCCCUCCUUUCAACUCAUCAACAUCCUUUUCAUCAUGUUUGAAACCCUUUAUUGGCUGCGUUGUCCUGGUAACAUCCUUUGUAACUAGAAUGAUAGUUCUGGACAUUUAGAGCUGCUACUUCUCCAUGCACAUCAAUCACUUUAGAGCUCAUUGCUCCACUGGCAAAUCAGAGAUCUGGCCUUUCAAGUUGUGUACAGAUCCAUAAAUGCAGGAAAGAGAGCAGAGGUAAGCUUAACAAUGCAGAACUAUACACCUACAUGCUACUAAAAUACUUUCUGGCUUGUAUGAGCUUGCCUGGGCCGUCAACAUAUAUACUGCUAAGCCACAUAGCUGAAACAUAAUCAGAGGUUUUGUAUAUAGUGUCAACUGAUUUCAGGCAAUAAAGUUGGAUGGUGUACUAGGGCUUCUUGAUCUAGUGUACAUGUUUUAGAAAUUACUUAGAUUAUAGUUUUGAUGCGUAGUGAUGCUCAAACAGACUGUAUGAUCAAAGUUGCUUCAGAAAUUACCUGAGUUGCAUGAAUAGGAUUUGGUAUUUGUUGUUUAUGGUCAA